AUCCAUAUCAAAUCGUGCGCAUUUCCCACAAAGUCAGGCGCUGCGAUAGACAGAGGCCAUGUCGGACGCCGACUUUGACACCAUUCGCCGGCUGCAGGCAGAGCGCAACGCUCAGUCCGCCGCCAACAAAGGUUCAAAGACCUUUGAUCCAUCAACUCAACGCACUGACUCAUCCACCAAGGUCUCUUUGACUGAAUCCUCCGACACCGAUCUCUACGACCGAUCCUCCACAGACAGAUUUGCCGGUUACCAUACCUCUCUACCAGCCGAUGGCGAGGAUGACGACUUGCCAGAUUCCAGCGAGAGCAGGCGGCUUGUCGGCCAAUACACUGCCACAAAGGAUCAGAUUAACGAGUUCGCACGCGGCAACGGCGUUGAAGAAGAAGACAUCUUGCUUGGCCGCGAGAAGUCGGCAAGAAUUGCUGAUCGAGAAUCUGACUACCAAAAGCGAAGAUUCGACCGUGGACCUCUGACCCCGACGCGAGCCGAUCCUUUUGCUGCCAACAAACAUGCUGCCAUCACCGAUGGCGCUACAUACCGAGAAGUCAUGCAACUCCAAGACAUUGAGCGGGAAGAAGCUCGUGUGAAUAAACUGAUUGCCGACAAGCAGGCCAACGGUGACACCACCGUCGUCUCCCAUCAACCCUCUCUCAAGGAAGAGGCAGACAAAGAGAAUGCCGAGGCCGGAUCAACGCUCGAAGCAACUGGUCGGAAACGCAAAAAGAGAUGGGAUGUUGCUAGUGACGCUGCCCCUACUAGUGAAGCUCCUGAUACUAAGAAACGAUCACGAUGGGAUCAAGCUCCUGCUCCCGACGCCGCCCCCUCCACCUCCAAACGCUCACGAUGGGAUCAGACUCCUGCCUUGGGCUCAGCAACCCCCCUCGGCAAUGCUGGUCUUGCAACUCCAAUGCAUCCCUCCCAGCUAGGGUUUGGGACCGACAUCGCCAGGGGCAGCUCUUCCUGGUCAGAUGAGGAGCUAGACCUCUUACUUCCCACUGAAGGUUACACCAUCCUUGAACCACCUCCCGGCUAUGAACCUGUCCGUGCCAUUGCCAGAAAGGCCAUUGCCAAUCAAACUGCUGCGAGCGCCUCGUCUGCCAUUGGUGGCUUCAUGAUGCAGGAGCCUGAAAACCCAAGAAUGAUGGGCAAACAGCUCCCUACUGACAUUCCGGGGGUUGGAGAUCUUCAAUUCUUCAAAGCCGAAGACAUGGCAUACUUUGGCAAACUCGUUGACGGUUCUGACGAGAACACAAUGUCGGUCGACGACCUGAAGGAGCGGAAAAUCAUGCGCCUCCUUCUCAAAGUUAAGAAUGGAACUCCGCCAAUGCGCAAAACUGCACUCCGACAGCUGACUGAUAAUGCUCGACAAUUUGGUGCUGGCCCGUUAUUCAAUCAGAUUCUACCGCUCCUCAUGGAGAAAACCCUCGAGGAUCAAGAGAGACAUUUACUCGUCAAAGUUAUUGAUCGAGUACUCUACAAACUCGACGACUUGAUCCGGCCAUAUGUGCAUAAGAUUCUCGUUGUCAUCGAACCUUUACUCAUUGACCAGGACUACUAUGCGCGAGUCGAAGGACGUGAAAUCAUUUCGAAUCUGGCCAAAGCCGCUGGCCUCGCCCACAUGAUUAGCACAAUGAGACCCGAUAUCGACCAUGUCGACGAGUAUGUACGCAACACCACCGCGAGAGCUUUUGCGGUUGUGGCAUCAGCUCUAGGCAUUCCUGCCCUUUUACCCUUUCUCCGCGCAGUCUGUAGGAGCAAAAAGUCCUGGCAGGCGCGACAUACUGGCGUCAAGAUUGUCCAACAGAUCCCCAUCUUGAUGGGUUGUGCUGUCCUUCCACAUCUGAAAGGCUUGGUCGAUUGUAUUGCAGACAAUUUGAGCGACGAGCAGGCUAAGGUGAGAACCGUGACAUCAUUGGCCAUUGCUGCUCUCGCAGAAGCCGCGAACCCUUACGGCAUCGAGAGCUUCGAUGACAUCCUCAACCCACUGUGGACCGGUGCACGCAAGCAGCGAGGCAAAGGUCUGGCCGGCUUUCUCAAGGCCGUCGGGUACAUCAUCCCACUCAUGGACGAAGAAUAUGCAAAUUAUUACACCAGUCAAAUUAUGGAGAUUCUAUUGCGGGAAUUCGCUUCGCCAGAUGAAGAGAUGAAGAAGGUGGUUCUGAAAGUCGUCUCUCAGUGUGCCAGUACCGACGGAGUGACAGCCGGAUAUCUGAAAGAGCAUGUCCUCAACGACUUCUUCAAGAGCUUCUGGGUUCGACGUAUGGCUCUCGAUAAGAGAAAUUACCGACAGGUCGUCGAGACCACGGUUGACCUAGGGCAGAAAGUGGGUGUCAGCGAGAUUGUCGAGCGAAUUGUCAACAACCUCAAAGAUGAAAGCGAGGCUUACCGGAAGAUGACAGUCGAGACCAUUGAAAAGGUGGUUGCCUCGCUUGGAGCAGCCGACAUUGGUGAGCGACUUGAAGAGCGUCUCGUGGAUGGCAUCCUGCAUGCGUUCCAGGAACAGAGCAUUGAGGAUAUUGUCAUGCUCAAUGGCUUUGGCACAGUGGUCAAUGCUCUCGGCACUCGCUGCAAACCUUACCUCCCACAAAUUGUCAGCACCAUUCUUUGGCGGCUCAACAACAAAUCUGCAACCGUUCGUCAACAAGCGGCCGACCUGAUCUCGCGAAUUGCCAUGAUUAUGAAGCAGUGUGGCGAGGACGCACUGAUGGGUAAGCUCGGUGUAGUGCUCUAUGAAUACUUGGGUGAAGAGUACCCCGAAGUCCUGGGCUCUAUUCUGGGGGCAUUGAGGUCAAUUGUGACGGUGGUGGGAAUCAAUCAGAUGCAGCCGCCAAUCAAGGACCUUCUGCCUAGGCUGACCCCAAUUCUUCGCAAUCGACAUGAAAAGGUUCAGGAGAACACCAUCGAUCUAGUCGGUCGUAUCGCCGAUCGCGGUCCCGAGUCAGUCAAUGCUCGCGAAUGGAUGCGCAUCUGUUUUGAACUGCUUGACAUGUUGAAGGCGCAUAAGAAGGGUAUCAGGCGAGCGGCCAACAACACAUUUGGUUUCAUCGCCAAGGCGAUCGGACCUCAGGACGUCCUGGCGACUCUCCUCAACAAUCUCCGAGUGCAGGAAAGACAGUCUCGAGUAUGUACCGCCGUUGCGAUUGGAAUUGUUGCCGAGACUUGCGCGCCUUUCACAGUCCUGCCGGCUUUGAUGAACGAGUAUCGCGUUCCUGAGCUCAAUGUACAGAAUGGAGUACUCAAAUCGCUCUCAUUCCUUUUCGAGUACAUUGGGGAGAUGGCCAAAGACUACGUCUACGCGGUGACACCUCUCCUGGAAGAUGCGCUCAUUGACCGAGACCAAGUCCAUCGACAAACCGCCGCCAGUGUUGUCAAGCACGUAGCCCUGGGUGUCGUUGGCCUGGGCUGUGAGGACGCAAUGGUACAUCUACUCAACCUGCUGUACCCCAAUCUCUUCGAAACGAGUCCUCACGUCAUUGACCGAAUCAUCGAGGCGAUUGAGGCGAUCCGAAUGGCUGUGGGAACGGGCAUCGUGAUGAAUUACGUGUGGGCUGGUCUUUUCCAUCCAGCAAGGAAAGUCAGGACCCCGUAUUGGAGAUUGUACAAUGAUGCCUACGUCCAUUCAGCUGACAGCAUGGUGCCUUACUAUCCGAACAUGAAGGAGGAGGGGCUACCCCGAGACGAACUGUUCAUCAUGUUGUAAUUUAUAUCCAAGGAAGCGCGAGGGCACGACUAUGGGCUAAGUACGGCUAGGUUCGGGUGGCUAUAGGCUUUGUAGGAGUAGAGCACUGAAAAGCAGCAAGCUUAAGGAAAGACUUUGGAAGAUUCUGCCGCGACUAACGAGUGAUCAUACCUUGUGGUCAAACAAUCAUCGAUUGAUGAAGAUUAUGUGCC